CUCCGGCAGCCAUAUUGCUUACUGGAGCAAAUUCUGGAAAGCUAGCAGUAGGGGAAAGAAUUUGAACUUUAUAUACAUCUUCACGGCCUUCUGUACUCAAAAUAUAAAUACCACAAUGGAACCAUCAGCCAGUCCGGCCAAGGACAACUACAGGAUGAACCGCUACAAGAACAAAGCACUGAACCCAGACGAGAUGAGGCGCAGGAGAGAAGAGGAAGGCAUCCAACUCAGGAAACAAAAACGAGAACAGCAGCUUUUCAAGAGAAGAAAUGUGGACGUUCUGAAUGAAGAGGAGGUCAUGUUUGAGAGUCCGCUGGUGGACUCAUACCUCAACUCUCCAGCAACAGAAGGAGUUAUUACCAGAGAUAUGGUGGAGAUGCUUUUUUCAGACGACCCAGAACUUCAGCUCGCCACAACACAAAAGUUCAGAAAACUACUUUCCAAAGAGCCCAAUCCUCCAAUUGAUGAAGUUAUAAACACAUCUGGUGUGGUGGAAAGGUUUGUAGAGUUUCUGCAGAAGAGCACCAACUGCACACUACAGUUCGAAGCCGCGUGGGCCCUGACCAACAUCGCGUCAGGGACGUCCCUCCAGACGAAGACGGUGAUCGAGGCUGGAGCCGUGCCCAUCUUUAUCGAACUGCUUAACUCAGACUUUGAGGAUGUCCAAGAACAAGCCGUUUGGGCUCUGGGUAAUAUAGCCGGGGACAGUGCAGUAUGCAGGGACUAUGUGCUGAACUGUAACAUCCUCCCUCCGCUGCUGCUGCUUUUGACCAAAUCUACCAGACUCACAAUGACUAGGAAUGCAGUAUGGGCUCUGUCUAAUCUCUGUAGAGGCAAAAAUCCUCCACCUGCUUUUGAAAAGGUGUCUCCCUGUCUGCCGGUACUGUCCAGGCUGUUGUUUAGCAGCGACCCAGACUUGCUGGCAGAUGCCUGCUGGGCUCUUUCCUACCUCUCAGACGGCCCCAAUGACAAGAUCCAGGCUGUCAUCGACUCCGGUGUCUGCAGGAGGCUGGUGGAGCUGCUCAUGCACACUGACUAUAAGGUGGCCUCUCCUGCCCUGAGAGCUGUGGGAAACAUCAUCACUGGAGAUGACAUUCAGACUCAGGUGGUGUUGAACUGCUCAGCUUUACCCUGCCUGCUGCACCUCCUCAGCAGCCCUAAGGAGUCUAUUCGUAAGGAAGCAUGCUGGACCAUUUCCAACAUCACAGCUGGAAACCGAGCACAAAUACAGACGGUGAUUGAUGCCAACAUCUUUCCAGUCCUGAUUGAAAUCUUGCAGAAAGCAGAAUUCAGAACCAGGAAAGAAGCAGCCUGGGCUAUCACCAACGCUACAUCCGGAGGAACACCGGAGCAGAUCAGGUAUCUGGUGAACCUGGGCUGCAUCAAGCCUCUGUGUGACCUGCUGACCGUGAUGGACUCUAAGAUUGUUCAGGUGGCUCUCAACGGUCUGGAGAACAUCCUGAGGCUCGGCGAGCAGGAGGCCAAGCAGGAGAACAACGGCACCGGCGUCAACCCUUACUGCAGCCUCAUCGAAGAGGCCUACGGACUGGACAAGAUUGAGUUCCUCCAGAGCCACGACAACCAGGAGAUCUACCAGAAGGCGUUUGACCUCAUCGAGCGUUACUUCGGCGUGGAGGAUGAGGACAGCAGCCUCGCUCCUCAGGUGGACCAGGCCAACCAGCAGUUCCUUUUCCCUCAGCAAGAAGCUCCAAUGGAGGGCUUCCAGCUCUAAGUCUUCAUCAGUGAACCACUCACCCCUGUCCAUUUGUAUACGCCCCCCUCCCCCCGGCACCCAGCCCAUGACGCCGGAGUCAUGCCACUGUGUUCUCUUGCCUGAUCUCUGCAAGCACACAAACCAACCUGCCCUAAUGGAGGAAAGCUGAAACCGUGGCCCCUUCAUCCAAGCUUUCCUAGCAGAGGACAAAUAUUCUCACAGGGCUGAUUUUUCUUUCCUGUUUUUUGCUUAGUUGGGUUUUUUUCUGGCCAUUUGGGGCAUUUCUCACAAACUCAAUACCCAAGUGGGGGAACUGAUCACCUAAAAACCUGAAGUGGUUUGAAACGUGCACACGUGGACUUGUUUCUGCCGUUUGAUAGCUCUUAGAUCCUGUUGCCGGCAGUAACCAUUUAUCUAAAUUUCUUUAGCGAUGGGACAUUCCUGUUGUCUGGAUUAUCCCGGCCCCUUUGCAGUCCACCAACGGGGGCGUUUGAGGCAUAAAACGCCCAGUUUGUGCAGUUCACUGUAGGCACAACUUUCCCCCCCUUUUUUUUAUGUUAUUUACCUCUAACCCUUAUUUAUCUUUUUCUUUAUAGGUGUUUUUCCUUUUCUGUAAAUGGAAAUAGAAUUUUUUUUUGUUUUUUACAAAAAGAUGCCCUGGUUGUUCAGCUUAGGGUUGGUUAAAAAGCUUCCGGCGAAGCAAAGGGAGGACUUUUAAGUUUAAAGGGGAGGGAAGAUGUUUAACAGAUGAACGUAAACAAAGGAAGGACUACGAUUGGAGUUUAGGGAAAGGACGUUUCAUUUUUUUUCUUUAACCAUUAAAAUGAAAUCCAAGUUUUUUCCAUGACGGGAAUAUUGGAAUAUCCAAAUUUUCAUUGUGUGCUGUGUUAAUAACAUUUGAAUUAUGAAGUGAUCUAUUAAGCAAGGCAUAGUUUAGGAUUAUUGAGAGCCCUCUGCAGCAGCAAACCUAACUUAUUUUCAUGUCCGGCUGUGUUUAACGGAUUGCAAACGUGAAGAAAAAAAAAGGAAUCAUUAAACCAUUCUUUGAAGUAGUGAAAGUUUCAUAGCUUAGCGGUUCCAGAGAGCCCCUGGAGGAGGCGGGGUUUGCUGCUCGGCGCCCAGUAGGGCAGGGCCUCUGCAGUCUCAUAGGACCCCUGUCCAGACGCAGCUGGUACAGGGAGGUGGCGGCGAAUCACUGCGGAUCGUUCAUGUAAACAUUUUGGGUCGGAUAAAGAAGCCGGAUUAAAACACGGUAACUUUCGGUGGUGUGAAUAGUGAUAGUUUAGUGACCACGGUGGUGUUUUCUUUAGCGGUAGACUUGAUUAAAAUUAGCCUCCGGCAUUCGACAUCACUAUACCUUUGAGAAAACGGAGAUGACUUUGCAUGAGACAGUCGUGCUGCGUGUGGGUGUCGUUCAUGUAAAUAGCCUCUCCUGCGCCCAAGCUUGGAACAAUCUGCUUCUUCUGUGUGGGUCUAAAAAAAAAAAAAAAACUAAGAAAAAAAACACAAAAAAAAAAACAGCUGGAGGUGACUAGCCUAACUGCAUCAAAAUGACAAGUAACUAAUAGAAGUAUAUUUGGAUUUUGCUGGGGUUUUUUGCAUUAAUGUAUAUCUUUACUUACACUUCAUGCACACUUGCAUACAACACCAGCUGAAACACACCUCACAUGGAUGAGUGGCUAGAAGCAAAGACCAGCUUCCCUUUAAAGAGAGGAAAUGUUCUUCUUCCUUUUUCUUUCUGCGGUAGUUAUUUGAACUAAAUUGAUAAAAUGUUGCUUAAAGCAAAAAUCGUGUUAUGGAAACUUGCAGUUGUUUCUAGCCACGGGACGUGUGACCACGAAUGGGCGGGGCUUCUGAUCAGGUCGGUCAGCGCUGAGCCUCUAGAUGAAGCCGAGGUGUGUUUGUGUGAGUUUUGACUGACAGGCGCUGUGUGAGGGAGGAGGCUGAUUGAAUCUAUCAGAAAAUGUCCCAAUCAGAGUCGGGGAGCUGCUGCUCUGUGGAUGAUUAUGGCGUGGAACAAAAUCAGGGUUUCUCUAAAGGAAAAAAAAACUGCUUAGGAGCGUUUAGACUUUAUUAAGGUAUUAGUAGUAGUGUUAUUAUUUUGGGGAAAAAAGUAGUAAAUGUAGAGGUUCAUCUAGCAGGUGUCAAACUAAUCUGGUGCUUUUAAUGCCUUUGAGAUACUGAAUGAUGAAAUGAUUUAUGGAUUCCUUCAAGACAAGAAUAUAAGUUUCAGUUUAUAGCCAAUUUUGGGGGAAUCUAAUUAACCUAAAGGCUCAGAUAGAUCCAUACAUCCCCUCCCCACUCAGAGUGGUAGAAAUCCUUUUUUUUUAUAUACCUGAACUGUUCAGAUUUAUGCAAAUUGGUUGGAAGAAUGUUACUCCAUACAUUGAAGCUUAACGUCUUCCAAAACCCUUUUUUGGUAUGUAUUCCUGGUCAGUACCUCAGUACUGCCAUGUUUAAAAGGCGAUUAUCAUGUUUUUGUUUUGUUUUUUCGGGGGGAUGUAAAGUUUUCCGAGAGCACUAGUUAAAAAGUGAGGCUGGUUGGUUCCCUCAUUCCAGUCUGGCCAGCUGCACACCUUCCAGCUAGCUUGAGAUGAUCCAGGUUGGAUCAGGAGCUUCUUUCUUUGCUGACCUUUCAUUUGGGCAGUCACUGUGGGACCUUCAAACCUAGUAAUGUCUUUAAACGUUCUUCAAAACAACUCCUGGGAAUCUAAAACGAUCCUGCCUGUUAAAGUUUAGUUUAUAGGUUAAUGUUGAAGAAAAUCACAUAUUUUUAAACCAUUUCCUGCUGAAAUAUGCUAGUUCUUCAGACACUUUAAGGAUGUAUGUAUAUGUGAGUCUGUAGGAAUAAUUGUGAACGGAAAAUCCACAGGGAAUCCAAACUGGUCACCUAGUUCCUCUUAAAAUACGUAGGAAAUUGUUUCUAUGAAUAAUCCAGGCUGAAAAACAAAGGCAUUAAAAGCUCCAUAUUAUUAACGCCGUUCGGACGGUGGGACGACCGACCGCGGCGGGGUUUAUCAUGAAGCCCAGUUCUGCACCAUAUCUGCCAGAGGAAUGAAUAGCAGAUGAUUUCCUGAGCUUUAUCCACAGAGCGCCAGCAGCCCCGGCCGACAGGAGAAGUCAAACCAUGAAUAAAGCAACAACAUCUUACCUCUACCUGACAGAAGUGUAGAGCAGAAGUCUUUGGUUUUUUUGGCCAAUUCUGUGCUUGGCCUACAAAAAUAAUGCCAGAAUUGCAAUAUAUAAAUAUAUAUAUAUAUAUAUAUAAAUAGAUGUAUAAAAAAAUCAUUGCAUCAACAAGGAAAAAAAAAUGUUUAUAUUUCUUAACACGAAAAAUGCACUCCUGCUCACUAAAGUGCCAAUCCGACCAACAAAGACUGGAGGAUCUUACGUUUCUGUCUUUGACUUGUAGAUUAUUUCUUUAUAUCUUUAUUUACUUGAAUGUGCACAUGUUUCAGUGCAAACCAUUGCUGCUCUAUUUUCCUUAUCUUUCAAUUUACAUCGUUUGCCAUUUUUUAUUUCUAUAAGUGGCAUUCUUUAACAAUGAUGUCUAAUUAUCUGGGAGGGGUGGGAGGACUGACUUGACGGCACGAAUCUUAUUUUUUUAUUUUUUCCCCUUUUAGCGGUCUCAGAGUCUUGUGGUUCAGAGACCGGCACCAACCUCACUGCCAAUUUAAUCCACCAAAGUUCAAUUUCAGUCCCUCUUCUUUCUUUUUUUUUCUCUCUCCGGAAAUUAAAUUCAGAUUAAAAAAUAUUCUCCGAUUUAAUUUUUAUUUUUUUGUUUAAUUUUUUUCUGAGUUGAAACGUUUAGGAUUCAGAAAAAAGUGCAUCGAUUUACAUUAAAAAGUGUUAUUUAAACUAUGUAUGUUCUGAUACAUUGACAGGGAUUCAAACACAAUUCUAAUCACUUCUGAGAAGUGGAGGAAAAAAAAAAGAACCUCGGUAGAACUCUUAACAGGAUGAAUAACGCAAAAAAAGAAAAGAAUAGGUGAGUACCCAAGCAUUUCUGCUUCUCUUCUGAUUUUUUUUUUAGGGAUAUUUGCUUAUGUCUAAUCAGGCUGCAUGAUCAGUAGUCUUGUUUAUCAUAAGUGAGCAAAAGUCUCAUAUCUAACUUGUCUUCCGUCCGGAGCGCUGUAGGUGUCUUUAAUGGAAAUAUAAAGCCAAACUCGGCUCAUUCAAAUCACGUCUGCUCCAAAUGUUUACAAUGCUCUAUUUUUUUUUGUUAAUUCCUCUUUAUAUAGCAUCACUAACCGGUCCGGACGCAUCCUCUGCUCUGGUCCUCGCAUCUUUUUACUUUCCUUCGUAUUUAUUUUCUCUUGUCCAUAUCAAUGCUUUUCUGUUGCUCCGAAUAAAACGCCGUACUGUGACCCGACUGGACUUUACCGACGGUAUGAAUGAGUGACGAGAAACUUUACACACUUCAGCUGAACAUGACACACAAACAUAAACAUGGAGAGAGGGGGGGAAGAAAAAAACUCAUACAGGAAACUGCAACGAUAUUAAAGAUGUAAAGAAACUGUAUUGGAUUUAAAAAUUGUUCAGAUGAAAUACUGUAAGAAAAACCAACAAAAAAAAUAAAGUUAUGUUUCAACCCUU